AGAAGACAAAGCUGCUGAUCGCAGCACAGACACAGAGAGUGGUGGAGAAAGAGGCGGAGACAGAGAGGAAGAGCCGUGAUCGAGGCUGAGAAGUAGGCCCAGGUGGCAGAAAUCAAGUUUGCGCAGCAGGUGAUGGAAAAGCAGACGGAGAGAAAGAUCUCGGAGAUCGAAGACUCUGCUUACCUGGCGAAAGAGAAGGCCCGGGCCAACGUUGAAUUCUACACAGCUCUGAGGACAGCCGACGCCAACCGGAUGAAGCUGACCCCUGCGUACCUGCAGCUAAUGAAGUACAAAGCCAUCUCAGCCAACAGCAAGAUCUAUUUUGGAAGCAAAAUCUCCUGCAUGUUAGUGGACUCUUGUGGACAGCCACAGUGGACAGGACAGAUUUUCAUGGAACUGGAGUAGGAUCAAUGAAUCACUUCCUUGAGUGAAUGAAAUCCCCCUCCCUAUCCCUCAUUAUAUGGGUCUAUUAAAAGCAGACCAGAGCGAGUCUUCACAGUAUGUCUUUCAACAGUGAAGCUAAAAACGUGACCCUGAAAA